AAUAAAAUAUCUGAAACUUGUUUGGAAGUCAUACCUUUCAGCCCAUUCUGUCGCUGGCAUUAGCAGCAUCGGACUGAUGACGAUGUACUCCGAUGCCUCUUCUACGCUGGUUCGUCUUAACAUCGGAGGAAAGAAAUUUUGCACGACGGUUGAUACUUUGACUCAUCGCGAGCCUGAUUCAAUGCUAGCUGCAAUGUUCAGUGGCCGUCACACUAUCUGCCACGAGUCCGAGAAGGGGUAUGUCUUUGUUGAUAGGGAUGGGGAACAUUUUCGUCAUAUUCUAAAUUGGUUGAGGGAUGGCGUAAUUCCCACACUAAAGGAUUCUGAAUAUUCAGAGCUUCUUCGAGAGGCAGAGUACUUUCAGCUUCUUGGACUAAUAGAUGGAAUCAAUGCUGUUUUGAAUAAGAAGAAUGAAGGUGAGGAGUUAGAUACUGAACUGACACGCAUUGAUAUUAUCAAAUGCAUUCAGUCUGAGAAAGUCAGAUUUCGAGGGGUGAAUCUUUCUGGCCUUGAUCUUUCUAAACUGGACUUGUCAUAUGUGGACUUCAGUUAUGCAUGUCUUAGAAAUGUAUUCUUCUCACGUGCAAACCUCCAGUGUGCGAAGUUCCGGGAUGUGGAUGCUGAGGCUUCCAUUUUUCACAAUGCAACAUUGCGCGAAUGUGAAUUCACAGGGGCAAAUCUUCGUGGAGCUUUACUGGCUGGAGCUAAUCUUCAGAGUGCAAACUUACAAGAUGCUUGUUUGAUUGAUUGUAGCUUCUGUGGGGCAGACUUGCGUUCUGCACACCUACAGACUGCUGAUCUUACCAAUUCCAACUUGGAAGGAGCCAAUCUGGAAGGAGCUAAUUUGAAGGGUGCAAAAUUGACUAAUGCAAAUUUGAAGGGUGCAAAUCUUCAGCGAGCUUACUUAAGGCACGUCAAUCUUCGUGAUACACAUUUGGAAGGUGCAAAGCUGGAUGGUGCCAACUUGCUUGGAGCUAUCAGAUGACAUUGGAGUAAUGCAAUAUAUAUCUAAUGUAACUGAUAUUAUUGUCCUCUAUGCCUAACUUGUUUCCCUUUACAAUCGUAUUUCUCUUAAGUCUUACCCCCUAUCUCUUUCCCUAUUUCUGCCAGUGGACUCUAGUAACUUGAGACUAAUGUGCAGAGUAGUGUACAGAGAUUCAGUAACAGUGGACUAGAAUAAGAUAUUAAAAUUUUGGUUUGUGGAUAA